UGCAGCUCUGAAGCUUCUUAUCAGAAACAGAUCACGGACCUCACACAAACAUUUAAGGAAAGGGGGUGCAACAAAGGGGGUGCAAUUGGGUAAAACAUGCCAAUGAUAGUUUUGAAGGACUAACACAGUUGGAAAGCCUUCAACCAAAAGUUAAAGAAAAGCAGAACAUGUCCCCUCAUGCUUCACCCAAUACUCACCAUUGAGGAAGGAAGGACAUUACCAUGAAGUACUGGUACAUUAUUGAUACUGAUCCACAAUUGAAACCCAUUUUUAAAUAUCUCCCACAUUAGGUCUUUAUGUCUCUCCCACAAACGUGAGAGACAUUGUGGUUAAAUCGGAUUAUCCAAAAGAGAAAAGAGAAACUUUCUUGGACAAGGUUCAAGAGCGUAAUCACAAAUGUUGCCAAUGUGCUCAAUGCAGCUUCACGUACAAAUGCAACUCAUUAACCCAACCCUGCAGGACAAAGAUGUAUUAUUAAAGGCCUGAUUACCUGCAUGUCCAGCAAUGCUAUUUACAUGUUGAAAUGUCCUUGUGGUCUGUCUAGGGAAAGCCCGUAGAAGCCUUAAAACCCAUAGAAAGCUUAAAACACGGAUCAGUGAGUACCACAGCAAUAUACGGACAUGAGACAAAAAAUCUGGUUGCUGUUCAUUUUGUACAAGCGUAACAGUAUAGCUUCCGUCACUCUCCUCGCCCCUACCUGGGCUCGAACCAGGGACCCGCUGCCCACAUCGACAACAGCCACCCUCGAAGCAUUGUUACCCAUCGCUCCACAAAAGCCACGGCCUUUGCAGAGCAAGGGGAACAACUACUUCAAGGUCUCAGAGCGAGUGACGUCACCAAUUGAAACACUAUUAGCGCGCACCCCGCAAAUAGCUAGCCAUUUCACAUCGGUUAUACUCACCCACCUUUUGACCUCCUCCAUUUCCGCAGCAACCAGUGAUCCGGGUCAACACCAUAGCUUCCGUCCCUCUCCUCACCCCUAGCUGGGCUCGAACCAGGGACCCUCUGCACACAUCGACAACAGCUUCCCACAAAGCAUCGUUACCCAUCGCUCCACAAAAGCCGCGGGCCUUGCAGAGCAAGGGGAACAACUUCUUCAAGGUCUCAGACCGAGUGACGUCACCAAUUGAAACACUAUUAGCGCGCACCCCGCAAAUAGCUAGCCAUUUCACAUCGGUUACACAAGCUGGACAUCCUAUUAGUUCUCUGAGAUACAUUGGAAUAGAAAUUAUCAAGAUGUCACGCAGGGGAGGGGACAUUGAGAGAAAACUUCUUCAAAGGGAAUCUUUCUGCAUCCCCAGGCCCAAAACGCUGUCUCCUCUUGGCCUUAAGUUAACGAGCAGUUUGAGGCCGUUUUUAUAGUUUCAAAAUGUCCAAAUGGUGUUUUUUAAAUUCUAAUUGAUUAUUGUAUGUGUAUGUAUAUUACUGUAAAUAAUGAUCACAUUCCUUGUGUAUGAUCAUAUAUUUCGUUACAUUGAAUGCUAAUACUGUGAAACUAGGUUAUAUAUUUUUUUACUGAUUGUGCUACUACUGAAGAGAUGGUGCUCUUGGCACAGAAACUGGGAUGCUUUGGCUCAAUAUGUAUCAGGACUCUUAACACUACAGGCAUAUGGUUCAUGUUUGUUCAGUAGCAUUAUCAGCUCUUGUGUUCCUUUUGGUGUUGCGUUUAAAAAAAAGAUGGACAAAGUGGAUGCCAUGAGACCUGAGACCUGUCCUGUCUGCAGGUCUAAAUAAUCCACAUACACCCUACAGGUUACUUGCCUGGCUACCCAAACUCCUUGCUCCAGCCAAACGCUACACCACGCCCACUGACGUUAGUUUCUUCUCCGCAAUGAGUCUGGAUCUGAGUAACCCCCCGAUGAAUUCUAGAAUGGAAAUCCAUUCUAGACCAUCUGAUAGGUCCUACAAACCGAUGGGUUGGGCCAGAGCCAGAACAGGUGAGUAAAGCACCGUUUUGAAGAUUCAUCAUUGGCUUUGAUACUCUGAUUGGUUAGAGAUGAUCCUAUCGCUGAUCAAUUUGUUUUGUACAACACCUCUCAUUUUGAUGUCAUCACAAAUGACUUCAAUGAUGGCAGUCUCAGACUGAAGUAUGUAGCGAAUGAUACAACAGCGGAAUAAUUCAGUUUGAGUUGUCAGGCAAACAGGUUACAUAUUUCGAGGGAGAAACCCCCCCAAAAGUUUAUGUAGGGUUAUGUAACUAAGCUUAAUAACCUUAUAUGAAUACAAACUUCUGGGGAAUGGUAUACAACCUUUGUCUUUCUGCCUGUUUUGUUCCAGCUUGACACUAGACGGCAGUCUCUCCUCAAUAACUGAGUGAACUGGCAGCCAGAGCGUUGCUGGCUUCAAUAUCCCAUGAGCUACUUUCCACUGUUGUGCUCUUCAGCAAGGUCCUUUUACCCUAGAUCUCCGGAGGCUGCCCCCAGCCUGUGAUGUGUGUGUUGUUGUGUGUCAAGUUGGGUAAUGUAACAGCAAAAAGAUAAAUAAAAGUAGCAUUGAAAAGUGAAAAUGAUCCAGUGGUCAUAUGGUGAUAUUACAGGAAAUGGUACCCUGAUGAAUGACAGAAUGAGUUCAAUUUGAAUCAUUUCCCCAGACAAAGUGCAGUACUUUAGUAGGCUACGACAAUACACCCAUUGACGCUAUGAUAAGAUGAUUACGCAUAUCUCAAAAAUAGAAUUCAAUUAAGGAUUGUUGUUUAGAUUGUGUAUAAUGUUCAAUACUGAUGGUUGAGGAGGGAGUGGUGGUUGAGAAGGGGCUUUGAUGACACUUCCUCUGUCUUUAAAAGUCAGACCGACAGAGACGGCAGUAACCAGGGCUUAAGUGAUGGAGAUGUUACUGCACUGGUGUCUGCUGUUGAUCGGUUUCUCUCUCAGCACAUCAACCACAGCAGCAGAAGCCAUUCUCUGGGUGAAGACUGGGGAGAAGUUUACCAUGAAGUGCUCCACCACUCUAAAAGACCAGGACGGAAUAUACCUGUAUGUUGGGCUGGACAGGGACAUGCAGGUGUUGUAUUACCACCAGAGGGACUCCAAGCUGAGCCCCAGGGAAGGCUACUGGGACAGAGUGAAGACUGAGGGACCUGUGGACCAACUGACAAUCACCAUCAGUAACCUGACCAUAGAGGACACAGGAGUCUACUGGUGUAUUUACACAAAAUUCAAUGAAACCACGUAUGAAAAUGAUAUCAACCAAGGAAGAGGCUCCACUCUGGUCGUGGUGAAUGACGAUGUCCUACAGCUGCCAUGUCCUACAGCUACUGCAGUAACGCUGACCCCCUUUCACCCAGCCAAUGAGAAGCCGUGCCCAUAUGGCGUGGUAAACGUCAUCAUCAUUAGCAUCUUGACCAUCCUGCUGUGUGUCAUCUUCCUCAUCUGGGCCGCUCCACGGGUGAAGAGGUGCCAUAACCAGGGAGGAUCCACACCCCAGGUCAUUCCUGAGUCUGUCUAUGAAGACAUGGCCAGGAAUCACACUUGUCCACCUGACACACAGGUAGAAUCGUACCCCUAUUCGGUGUCUACCAAAGGAGGUAGUAGGACCACUGAGUAGCUUCUUCAAAUGCUUUUUCUGAAUAUUGCUUCUUUACUUUUCAGAAUUGAAAAGCCUGUUCUGCUGUAUUUCACAGUUCUAUCCUCACUGCAAGUGUUAGUGGUAAAUUGUUUGUGUGUGUGUGUGCACGUAUGUGUCGCACCAUACCAUGCUUAUGUGUGUGAAUAAAAAGUAUUCGCAUUACAACAGAAGACCAGCGGGAAGAAGGGAACAGCCAAUGUUAUAUUCCAGGGCUAUUCAACUAUAUUCUUACGAGGGCCAGAUGUAAAAAAGUUCAUUUCAGGGGGAGCGGACAUUUUCCACAUGCAAUGCAAACACACAAAUAAAAGAAAAGGCUCAACGCUCGCCCACCAUUUUACUUUAUUUUUUAUUUAUCUCAAUAAAUAAGACAAUAACUACAGUGCUUUUCAUUUUGGCACUGAACGUCAGAUUUUGGCGCAGAUCUUUUAUGAAUGUUGAUAUUUUAUGAAGAAUUGUUCAAAGGGCCCGUCUAAAUUAAUAAAGGGCCUGAUCUGGCCCGCGGGCCGACAGUUGAAUAUCCCUGUUUUAGUCCAUAAGGAGUAAAGUUGAUAGCAAUGGAGGCCUACCUAUACCUUUUUUUCAAUACAUCAGG